UUUUUUAAUCUUUUGCUUGGUUUUUCUAUCAACUUUUCUUUUCCGAUCCCGCUUUCUUUAGAUUCGAAAAGACAACGCGACAAUGCGACAACGUCUCACGAUAAUACGAAUAGUAUGCCGAACACCGAACAGGAAACAGCGAGUCUGGAGAAAGAAAAACAGCAAUACUCGGAUCACGAAUUCACUGUAAUCCCUGUUCAACAUGCAAUUGUCGACGUCAAUAAUCAGGGCGAAGAAGAAAUUCCGUCAUUGAAGUUCAAGCAAAAUCUUGAUUUCAAUGAGAACGACUUGUUUAUCGAUUCGACUAUUACAGAAAAAAUUAUCCAUUUUGACUUGAUUGAGACACUUACAGACGAGGCAACAAUAGAAGUCGAGGAUGAUGGUUCACUAUCAAAAGUCAUUGAGGACCCCGGCGAUAAUCAAAUCUUCAAUGUCGAUUCAUCUCUAUUGGAAAGCGCGACGAACAAUUUACUGCAUCAGCCGACAACUCUCGUUGAUCGUGAAACUGCUCCAAAAAGUGAAGAUGAAAGGACAUUGCAGAGACAUUCCACUCUCCAAUCCACACUCGAUGAAUCGAUGGAUCUUCCGUGCCAGCAUCCCGACAGCGAUCACAACCUCUGCGCUGGGACGGCGAAUAGCGACUUGGAGUUCAUCGCACAACAGUCGACGGCGCCAGGACCACAAGCCGUGGAUCUCGAAAAUGAUCUUUCGAGCGGUCUCUGUAUGCCUCAGAAUGUUCCUGAAUCAUUUAAAAAAGCCCUUUUCUGGCCAUUGCCAACCGAGAAAGAUGACAAAAAACGACGCCAAAAAGAAAAAAUUCCGACCGUUGUGACUUCUCGAGAGUGGCAGGCUUAUCAUGCAGCGAAAGCAUUAAAAAAAAUUAAGAAGAGUAAUGAUAUCGAAGAAAGAAAGAGAAAUCGCGAAUUAGCUAGUAUUAAUAAAAAAAGAGAAGCCGAAGAGAAGAAAAAAAACAGACUCGAAGCUGCUGAAGAAAAGAAACGUAUCAUCGAAGCUGAAAAAGAAAGGAAACGUUUGGAACGAGAAGAAAAGGCGAGGAAAAGGCAAGAGAAGUCACUAAAAAAAAAGACUGUUAAAGUAAAGAAAGAGGUUCCCCUUUCUGAAGAGUCUCCGUUGUAA